CCCCCCCCCCCUCUCUCUCGCACAAGCACUAUGACAUCCUCUCUUUUAGGGUUUUGUGCCUAUCCAAAGGGACUCUCAAGCUGAAGAUAGAAUGGCAUUGCAGUGAGGAGAUUGUUCUAACAGUGUUGAAAGAGGCUUCAUAUUGCCCAUGGAUGAUCACUUAGAACAGAGACAUCAACAGCAACAGCAGCCAGUGGUGGGAGUUGUAGAAGGUGCAGGUCAAGUAGCCUAUGGCACGCCUCCCUAUCAAACAUCAACUGUUGUUGCUACUGGCACUCCUGAAGUGGGCGCAUCCUCCCCAACUCAACCUCAUCCUACUUUCUCUGCUUCCCAGCACCAGCUUGCUUACCAUCAAGCCCAACAUUUCCAUCACCAACAGCAGCAGCAGCAACAGCAACAACAUCAGCACCUUCAAGUGUUUUGGUCCAACCAAAUGCAGGAAAUUGAGCAAACAACUGAUUUCAAGAACCACAGUCUCCCACUUGCACGGAUCAAGAAAAUAAUGAAAGCUGAUGAGGAUGUUAGAAUGAUCUCAGCAGAGGCUCCAGUUAUAUUUGCCAAGGCAUGCGAGAUGUUCAUACUGGAGCUGACUUUGCGCUCUUGGAUCCACACAGAAGAGAACAAAAGGAGGACCCUUCAGAAGAACGAUAUUGCUGCUGCCAUAGCCCGGACUGAUGUGUUUGAUUUCUUAGUUGAUAUUAUUCCAAGAGAUGAGUUGAAAGAGGAGGGACUCGGAGUAACAAAAGCCACUAUUCCACUUAUGGGUUCCACGGCUGAUUCGGUUCCCUAUUACUAUGUCCCACCUCAGCAUCAUGCAGGACCGACAGGGUUGAUAAUGGGAAAACCAGUUGAUGAAGCAACUCUCUAUGCCAGUCAACAGCCUCGACAGCCUCUGUCAUUUAUGCCGUGGCCACAGCCUCAGGAACAGCAAAGCCAACAGCAACAAACGGACUCUUAAUGAUGUGGAAGUAAAGCAAUGACCAUGCUCAGGCGUGCUGUGUAUGUGUUAUUAAGUGAUGGAUCGCAGUAGUGUCUCGUAGUGUACUGGUAGUUGUAGAGAAAGUAGGCGACUGUAAUAUUAAAACUUGAAAGAUGAUAUGGAUGUUGAAUGUGAGGCAGUUGUGGCGUGUGUCCUUGUUUCAGGCCUCGUAUCUGGUUGCAUCAAUUUCGGGUCUGUAUUUGUGGUGUCUCCGAAGUUAUUUGCAAAAUGUGCAAGAACCCCUCGAAAAGUCUGAAAGCAAAACCAUAGUUCAAGGCUUGUCGUUCAACUGUAUUUUUUUUUUUUUUUUUUAAA